AUGCACCCAUGUUCCGAGACUCAGUUUGGAGCCGCGAGGCUUAAAGACAGGUGGUCGCUGGCGAAUGAGCUGGGGCUGGUGGUGGUCGCGCUGUACCAGAAGAGCCUGCAGUUGCAGUACGUGGAGGGACUGGUGGACAACAUUAGGCGGGACAUUGUAAGACGGUAUGGUCCAUCGCUCAAGAAUGCGGCUGCCGCUGAACCGGUUGCGUACGACGAGCACUUCGAUCGUAUCUUGAAGGAGGCAGAGAGGGGAAGCGCUGCAGAGGGCAGGCGCGCGUCUUCUUCCCCGAAGCCAUCGACGAUCAAGACAACGAGCAAGCCCCGUGCGCCAAAAUCCAUCUUGUCGAGUGCAGUACACGACGGCACCACGUCGACAUCGCUUGACCAGUCAGACGAUACGGUUCCAGGACGAUUAGAGGCCAAUGACCUGGCGGCCGCCAGGGCUCAACUACAGGCGAGGGCGGGAGCGAAAGGGAGGCGGGGCAGCAGGCCUGGCCGAGGGGCUGGGGGUCAUGGGCAGUCGCUGUCGCCGCCAACACCAUCGCAAGCCGGUGGAGGCAAGAAGGAGAAGAAGAAAGGGACGGUGUGGCACGACGGCAGCGGAAGCGGAAAACAGCUGGGAGAAAAGGCUAAGGAGGCGCUAGACAGAUCCAAGCGAGAGGAGGGUGACGCAGGCGAUGAGGUGCUCAUGGCUGAAAUGCGAUCUACGUAUAUGCCGGAAGACGGGGAGACCGCAGAGUGGGACGAGCCAGAAUCUGACCUCGACGAGGAUGAUAUUUUGGACCUGCAAGCCUCAGAGAAUGCGGAUGAGAACAAGGGCUCUUGGGCAGGGACACUGCUCAAGACGAGCCUGGGAGGGUUCCUUCACGGGUUGACUGGGACGAAGGUGCUCGAAGAGCGAGAUCUCGAACCAGUGAUGACCAAGAUGCGUGAGCAGCUCAUGGGUCGAAAUGUGGCCUCGGAGGUAGCAAAUGACAUCACAGCAUCGGUACAAGCAACGCUCAUCGACCAGAAACUCAAGUCUUUCACCCGGGUGAAGACGGCGGUUCAGUCAGCUCUGAAGGAGGCGGUGUCCAGGGUCCUCACGCCCAAGAAGUCAACCGACGUUCUGCGCGAGGUCAAGGCCGCGCGGUCGAGAGGAAAGGUGUACUCAAUGGCCUUUGUUGGAAUAAACGGCGUUGGAAAGUCUACCUCUCUGGCAAAGGUGGCGUACUACCUGAAGGAGAAUGGCAUCAAGGUUCUCAUUGCCGCAUGCGACACAUUUAGGUCAGGGGCAGUGGAGCAACUUCGAGUGCACUGCCGCUGUCUCGAUGUCCCUCUAUUCGAGAAAGGAUACGCAAGAGACUCUUCCGCGGUGGCGCGAGAGGCUGUCAAGCACGCGGCAGAAGAGGGUUACGACUGCGUCUUGAUCGACACAGCGGGCAGAAUGCAGAACAACGAGCCAUUAAUGCGAGCGCUGAGCAAGCUUAUUAAUGAGAACGAGCCGGAAUUAGUGCUGUUUGUCGGCGAGGCCCUCGUAGGCAAUGAUGGAGUCAACCAGCUGCAGAUGUUCAACCAGGCGUUGGCGAACAAUUCUCCGGCGGGUCGGUAUCACCAGAUCGAUGGUGUCGUUCUCACUAAGUUCGACACGAUAGACACGAAGGUGGGCGCCGCGCUUUCCAUGUGCUACAAGACGGGACAACCGAUUCUUUUUGUCGGGACGGGUCAGAAGUACACCCACUUGCGAAAGCUCAACGUCAACUAUGUCAUUAAGGCGCUCUUCGGAUGAUGACGGCUCAGGACUUCAACAGAAAAGUGGGGUUAAGCUGCUGUAGCGGCGUGAAAGCUCUGGCCGCUGUUCGUCUGAACGAGCUCAAAGCAAAUCACGAACAAGGGAGUCAGUUUUCGUGCUUCAGUUAGAUGCCAUCGGUUUCCCAACUAGGUGCAACGUGGUAGCGU